GAGUUUUUUGCUCGCUGUCAUGCUGAGAAAUUUCGUCUGGUGUUGGUGAAGCUUGUGAAGUAUCGAGUUCUUCUCAUUCCUCGAUUAUAAGAACUUAUCCCUUUAAUCCGCUUCGAAUGGCCUCCGACGUCACGAAAGCCGUAGUGCACGGAGGUUGCAUGAAAGCUUGGCUCGUUCUUGGUGGUCCCGGGAUGACAUUCACGCCACCGACUUUCGCUUCACCACUACGAAACACGGCUUGCCGAGCUCUAAUCAAUCAAUUUUUGCCAUCAAUCAGAUUAGAUUAGAUUGAUACGUCCUGCGAAUCGCGAGUACCCGGCGACAGAUGGCUUGAAGCUAAAGCAUCACUACGAGGCUUAGGGUAGGAGUCUGGCGAUGCAGAUGGUGAACAAAAGACGUUACAAUUAAACCGAUGCAACGACUCGUUGGGUAUGAACUUGGGUGCAUAAUUGGCAAUGCAAUGGGGAUUACUAUUUUUGUACGGCCGAGCGAAGCAGAGCGGUAAAUCACUUGGUUUGAUGUGUCGAGUUGAUCGAAUACACGAAUUUCCAGUGGUUUGCUUGCAUGCGCCACCGAACAGGCUACGAUACGUGCCAUCACAAGCUGGAAGGCAGAUUCCAAACGGUGUAAUCAGAACCCAGGUGAGUUAUUAACUGUGACGCGAGGCUGUUUGGUAGAAUUAUGGCUCGAAUGGAAUGUCUACGAAGCCAUGGUCACGCAGCACCUAGAGAGUUGUUGACUCUUGGUCGCGUAACAGCGCAACACACGCGACGGAACCGCAUGCUCGACAAACGCCUCCAUCAGUCCCCCACGCGAACAAACGUAGAAGUAACUUGACUUUUGAGUCUUUGGAAGCGAUCGGAAAGAAGUACUUUGCUCGAAUCACUUGAUUGCGCAAACUGCGGCCUUCUUCCAGCGCUACCGCCGACCACAUCACAAAUGCAGGUCGUCACCAGCUGCCCCCACGAUCAAUUGGACCGUUGCGCAAGCUCUCGCAGCAUCACGAGGAGGUGAAUGGAAAAUAUUGAAGCAAACAUGACCUUGCAAACACAAUUCAAUGCGCAAGAAAAAAGAAAAAAAAAGUAGCCGAAAUACUGUGCUUCGCAGGCCUUGUUGCGAUCGCGAAAGCCCCUGCUUGGCCAGCGCCCCCUCAGCUUUCGCACCGCAUCACGCUCUCACUUUUGUUUUCAGCCGCUGAUUCAAGAGUUGAUCUAGGGCCUCGAUGCAUAUAUCGCUCAUUGUUCAUGCCCAAUCACGGGGCCAUUGACUCGUGUGUGAAUUCGAUAUCAUUCUUGUCGAGGCGAGAAAGGCGCGGUCUCGGUUCGGAGGGAAACAGUGGCUUGCUUGCUCCCAACUACCGAUAGCACCGGGACAUGCUUGUCAGCCAAGAGAGCCACAUUUGGGCGUAAGUGGAAAAAGGAAAAACACAAACCGUUGCCAAGGCAGUGAGAUUCACGUUUACAUGGUGUUUUUCGGCCCUUGCAAGUAUUCUGUUGCGAGUCUUUGAAGGCGCAGUGAAUGAAGUUCUGCUGGAGCUCCUUGGCCCAGCCUUCUUCACGUCAGAGCUGGCAGUGAUCAUCCCCCAAGCUCUUGGAAAUGUCAUAGCUCCCAUGAAAAUUUUGCUCAACUGUCCGAUCUCGGUGCUACGCUAGCAUCAUGCACGAUCAUGAAAAAGAAAUUCCUAGAAUGCAGCAUGUGAUGCAUGAUUGCCAUGUUUGCCCUGGAUUAUCAGAUGUGAUUGAUUAGAUUCUCAAACGGUUCAUUCCGUAGCUCGACGCCAAAGCGACCAGGUGCCACGCGCUGGAGGGGGCGUGCCAGCGAUCGAGGAGCAGGGAUCUUUUCAACUGAACCCUUCUGGAACUCUAACGCCGGCUUGGGUCACAUUGCACCAUUUUUUUAUCUGAUCUGAACAGAAUCAUCAAAAAGUGCUGGCCAUUGAGCAUCCUCGGCUUCAUCAGAUAAACCCUGCCGGCCUGUUUUUAUCACCGAGUGCAACACAUAAACGCAUACUCACCGAAGCAUACACCAUCCACAAUCCUUCAGCAAAUCGAUCGCCAUGGCGCAACACACGUUCAAUCGCCAACCACCAGCCCAAAGCUAUGGCCUCGUGUCAUUCCCAGCACAACACGUUAUGCUCAUGGUCUUCAACCGACCCAAAGCCCUCAAUGCAAUGACCAGCGACGCAGAAUAUGAGCUCGAAGCUCUCUGGGAGUGGUACGACGACGAGCCCUCACUGCGCUGCGCCAUCGUCACAGGCGCUGGGCGUGCAUUCUGCGCUGGCAUGGACCUCAAGGAAUGGAACCAGAUCAAUCAGCGCAAACGAGACGGAAUUCCCGAGAAGAGACCCAUGGACCCGCCCACGACGGGAUUUGGCGGCCUUUCGCGUAGGAGCGGAAAGAAACCCAUUAUCGCCGCUGUAAAUGGUCUGGCGAUGGGAGGCGGUUUCGAGAUCAUCGCCAAUCUGGACCUCAUUGUCGCUGCGAAGAGCGCUACCUUUGCUCUUCCUGAGGCUAAGAUUGGUGUCGUUGCUAAUGCAGGCUCUCUACCAAGACUAGCAAGAACAAUUGGUCGCCCGCGCGCCACUGAAAUGGCUCUCACAGGGCGGAGCAUCAGUGCUGCAGAGGCCCGCGAAUUUGGCUUUCUCAACGCCAUUACUGAAGACGCCCCACCGGACAGCGAUGUGCUGGAGCGACCAGUGGUGCAAAAGGCGCUGGAGUACGCUGCGCUCAUUAUCAAGAAUAGCCCCGAUAGUGUUAUUGUGUCUCGUGCGGGUAUCCUUGCGGGCUGGGAGCACGGGAGUGCUGAGAAUGCAGUCCGGGUGCACCGUCAGACGUGGGACAAGAUCAUGGCUGAUGGGCACAAUUUCCACGAAGGCGUGCAGGCCUUUGUGGAGAAGAGGGCUCCGAGAUGGGUGGAUAGUAAGCUAUGAUGCAUUGCAGUGCAUUUAUGAGGCAUUUUCUCUCCAUAUUUUUGUUUAGUAUAGAGCCCGACAUACUUAAUUCACAUUAGAGCUAGCCACGGCGGUUUCAGACACUGAGAAGUACCUUACAGACGGGUUCAAAUUGUUCAGUGGCUUGUGGUGUGACGCCAUGGCCAGCAAGCUCGUGUGGAGAAUUCACUGAUCCUUGUCAAUCUGAUCAGAUAAUGAACUUAUCAAUCACCCCACCACACGAAAAGAAA